CAUCGCUCGAGUAUUCACAGAAUGAAGUGGUUGCUCGUAGGUGUCGUGUUGGGCGUCUUCUGCCUGGUACAAGGUCGUAACGAUGAUGCUGCUGCCCGUGUCAUAGCUGUCCAGUCGGUGCGUACAACUGUAGUCCUGACCACUCUCACCUCCUCUGCUCCCGUCACCUGUGCCUUCGCCACCGAGGAUGCUGUUUGCCAGAGGAGGCGAUUCAGGCGCUUCCAGGCCCUAAACCAUCUAAACCAGAACGAUCAAGCGUUAGUGGAAGGUUCAAUGGCCGACGAAGACGAUCUGUACUCGCGGGAGGAAAGAGACGCUGACCGGCAACCUCGUGUGGCCUUUACCAUUUGGUCGACCACCUCCUCCACCUUCACCGUCACUACCACCUCCUUCACCACCGGCACCACCUUCUCCCUCUCCUUCUUCUGCACGGUUAGCGGCGCCGACUUCCCUAACAAGUGCGGCUAAGUGACCAACAUGAAAAAUCAACCCAAUGGAACGACGCUUUCAGGAUUCGGGUGUGACUUCGGUUACUGGCGUGAGUGUCUCUUAAAUUUAAUAGUAACAUUGAAUUCGUCUCAAGGGGCCAGAGUUUAUAGAGUUAUUCCAGGCAGCCAUAAUAUUCUUCUAAAAUUCCGUAAUGAUGUUGAAACCAAGACUUUUACAUAUAAUUUUUUACUUCUAAUAGUUUAACCUAAGUGUUGAAAUCUUGUCAUACCGCUCAUAUUUCAUAACAGUCGCCAUAUCAUCAAGAAUUGGCGGUUUUUAUUCAGAUUAACAUAAUUAUUUAGUUUCUAGAGCUCUAUAACCAAUUGAGUUUUAGAACAACAAUAAGGUUACGUUUUAUGGAUUAGCUAGAAUGUUUAACUAGAGUGGGACUUGAGCUCUGAGGGGCAUAACGGAAUGCAUCUUGAUUGAGUUAAUUUGUACUACGAAGUCCACAAAAGGUUUUUCUUAUAAACAAAAAUGGUUAUCUUCUAUAAAGGUUUAAUGGAGUUUAAGACAACGAUAGCCUUCCGGUAUAACAAUUUAAUCUAGACUUGAUAUGGGCGGCUCUCCAGAGACACCAAGAACCAUUAGCAUGACGGUUGCUGCUGCCCUCAGUCCCUAUACGCCGCCAUGAACCAACCGCCUCUCUUGAAGGUAGUUGUUCUGUUACGACGACUGUAUUGCUUCUAUGACAUUAUUUAUUGUUAUUUAUACACCAUUUUUAGUUUUAAUACACAGGGGUCAAUUUUGUAAAUACGUAAAUAUAAUGUAUAUGUUUCGUUC